AUUUUUGCAUUCUACGAAGAGACUGACUAUUGUAUGUGAAGUUCCUUGGCUCUGUAUGCUUUUUGAAAAUUCACCAAAGGGGGCAAAAAUGAGUUUGAUAAGAAAUUUUACCAGUCUUUUUGAAGCUGAAAAGCGAUAAAGAUCAGAAGCAUUCUGGACAGACCUACUGAAUGGAAAACAUGGACUCCUGCAUUAGCACACUGGAGAUUGUUGUCUGCUCUAUUUUAAUUGCAUGCAGUGUGAUUGGAAAUCCAUUGCUGAUUUACUUCACAAAGAGAUGCUUCCAUGAUAAAUCACGAAUCCCAUUAAUACUUAUAGUCAACCUUGCGGUUAUCCACCUUCUAUAUAACCUGGUGGUGAAUGUCUUGAAGAUUGUUUAUGCAUCUGGCAUCACGUUGGAUUCAAAUAGGUGCAAAGUUCUUGUGUUCUUCACGAACUUGACUACUUCUCUUGCCAUAUGGUUCACAUUAUACAUUGUUGUGUUCUACAGUUUGAAAUUGUGUCGUCUGGUGCAUCCUCCAGCUGAAGCUACAACAACUGUAGAGUGUUGCAGGUGUCACUUAUUUAUAGUUGGUAUACUUUGGAUUGCCGCUUUUGCAUUUUGUUGCCCUUUUUCACUUUACACAGGAAAAAAUGAAGGGUAUAUGAAAAAUGAAUCAACGGGCAAUUUCAUCUAUACUAAAUGUAAGACUGAAUAUAAAAAUUACCAAGUAGAGUUUUUCUAUGGAAGAUUAUUUCUGGUGGCUAUUGAUCUUCUUCCACUUCUAACUAUGCUGCUUGUUGGAUUCCGAAUAAUACAACUCCUCUGCGAAUAUAAGAAAGCAGCAUAUGGAGGCAUAUGGGUUGGGCGUGAUGCUAGUGAAACUGAGGUUCUCAGAGCAUGUAAAUUUCUUCUGUUAUUAAUACCAGUUAUUAUUUCACUUUGGAUUUCUAAUUUUAUCCUAAUUAGGUGCCUGAAGAAUUUUAAAUUUAAAUACUUUGCACCACCUGUCCUGACAAUUCUAUCUUCAGGAUAUUCAGCUGUCAGCCCUUAUUUCCUCAUGUUGAUUAACUACAAAGUAAUAGUAAAAGUGAAGUGUUUCUGUUAUAAGGCUGAGAAGAAAACAGUUUCUUUAUCAACUGUAUCUACUUCCGUAGAUGUUUCUCCAUAUGCCUAGCAACCACAAUUUGGUUUUUUUAAAAAAAGAGUAUCUUUAAGUGUACAGGAAAGAUUAUGUGAGAAGGGGAACAAGGACUUGUUUGUAUCUACGGAUUAUCAUCUUCCCCUGUUCUCCCAUGGCUUCUGAAAACUACAGUGAGAAGAAUCGUUAUAUGGGCAAAUUAUUGGCUCUAGCAGCAAUGUUUAUUUUUAUGUAUUUAAAAAUAUGUAUUGUUUUUCUCUCUUUUUUAAAAAAAUACAAAACUGCUUACAAUUUUUAUUACGAGGCAGUAAUCAUAUUUUUAAAAAACAGCGGAGAAGAGCAAAAGACAAAACACCCAUAACCUUACUGCUCUAAAAACAUUCAAGAAUAUGGGUAUUUUAACAUGUCAAAAGGUUGAAAGUCUGGGAAGAGACUACAGAUUUCCAGAAUCUGAGCUUUAUUUUUUGAAACUGUUCAAUUUAAUACCAGCACUUUGAACUGUACCUAGAAACAGACUGGGAGAUGAAGCUGAUUUAUGGCAUUUGGAUGGCAGCAGCAAUUAACCAAAGACUGUACUUUGUGUAAGCUAUUGUUUUAGAAUGAUUUUCUUGCAACCCCACAAAACAUUGAAUUACAGUAGUGUUAAGACCAGGAGGAAAUGACAAUGUAGGUGCAGAUUCAAUUGAAAAACUGUCACUAUGUCAGAAACGAUUCAUACCUAGAACCACAACUGCAUAGUUGCCACACAAUAGAAAGGAAGAGUUGGCCAAUUCUUGGCCCUCUCAUUUAAGAAUGCCUAUAUUCUUGAAUAGUUAUGACUUUACAGGGCUUUUGUUUCAGAAAAAGAAUGAAGAAGCUAUAUGAGGAUCCCUGCAACUAAUGGCUAGAUGAGGAAAGGGAAUUAAUUAAAGAAAUGUAAAGUAGGUACUGUCUGCUCAGUGCUGGUUAAUAAUUAGCAUAGCUCAAUAAUAUCACUUUGGGCAUGUGCUAAUUGAUGGAAGUUGCAAAUACCGUUGUGUAACAUUUUUGCAACUAAAUUAUCACCUGGUAUCUGGCAUUUAAUUCAGACUUAGCGAUGCACUUUCUUGCUUUCCAUGGUAUUUACAUUUGUCAGGUAGCUUGUUGCUACUGGGUAAUCUGCAUUUGAGAUUGUUGCAAAAAUUAGCAGGAUGAUGUCCAUUAUAUUUUCGUAUCUGAAACAAGGCACACUUCUUGUAUAAAAUCAUGACUUCUGGCUAAAGUAUUUGGUUUCAUUUAUCUUUAAAAACUAAUAUGACCUUUUCUGAAAUCCUAAAUGGAUUUCUAUCUGUCUGUCGGUCUGCCAGCCUGUUACAUACCUACCAACCAUUAGACAAUGCCUUUAUUAGAACCAAACAAAAGGUCACAAAAAUAUAUAAGUAUGUUUUCAGUUAUCAAAAAAUUAUCAACUGUUAUAGUAUUUUGACCAAUUCUCAUAACAUAAUAAGAUUAUUUGUUAUGAGCUGGUACUAAUCUCUUCUAGGCUUUUUCUAGAGUAGGAGAGAAUCUACUAUCUUAGCAAUUUUUAUGCUAUGAAAUAGAAUCGAUCAAAAAGCUGCAAAAGUAUUUGCAGAGGUAAAUAUUGUAGAUAGUGUUGUUUGUAUAAAACAAUUAAAUAUUUAAUAUUUCAUUUUUUAAUUUUCAAAUUCAAAAUAUAUUUUUAAAUCACAAAUGUAGAUAAAAAAUUAAAAAUUAUUAAAAAAUAAUAAUGGACUGCCAUUUGCUUUUCAAAUAAGUUUUCACUAAAUGAUACAUUAUACAAGUAUCUUUCUAAUUUUGGUGACACUUCAUACAUAUCUGAGGCUAACUCUAGGUAUUCAAUAAAUCUUUAUAAUGACCUUCCAUGGGAAUAACUAUUGUGUUUGUCAUAAGGAACACAGGUUUUCAUAAAACAUGAGACUAGUUUGGAGACUGUUUUAAAGAAUGGAUGUACUGUGUUCAGAAUGUAUAUGAGUACUCAUUCUGGAUAUCUAUAUAUUUAAGAUACUCCAAGAGAAAUCACCACAAUGAUGAACUGUGCAUUACUUUGUAAAUUAAUUGUGCUGUAUAAAAAAAAUCACACGAGGUUCAAACUCUCUCUACCACAUCUUCUGUGAUAUUGACUUUCGUCUACUCUCUGCAGCCCAGAGAAUGGUAUCUGAAAGGUUGGCCAUUCCCUGGGAGUAUGACCAGUUUAACCUAUAUUAAUCAGUCUUACAUAUUGCUGGUUUUAAUUUUUGUUUUUCAUUGGCUGUUUUUAGUCCAUUUUAUAUUUGAUAAGGUUGGUUUUGGGUUGUCAUUUUCAUCAUGCUUUGCAUUUGCAUCCACACUAAAUAUAGUUUUGCUUACUGUCAUUUUUUAAAAUUUCGAUACUGUACUAUUUUGGUCAGUUAUAAAAUACCUUGAAAAGUUGGUUUUAUACAGUAUAUGUCCUAUAAAUAAAAAAUGCAUAGAUGAGAAAUAAACAUCUUUUUUUAUUAAAAGAAAAAUCUCCAUUUGCUUAACUGUAUCAGUUUGGUGUCAGAGGGUUUCUGAGGAUUCGAGUACUUUUGAUCUUACCUGAAAAAGUGCUUUGAAAUUGGGAUUAGACUUCUGAACACAAAACAUGUAGUUAUUACUGAAAUGCAGCUUUGUUUAUUCAGUUGAUUCUUCUUCCACAUCUUUACCUGAUAUGGUUCGUGAUACCAAUGCUAUGAGAUUAAAAUUGCCUACAUCUUUUAUUUUUCUUGCAUUAUAAUUGAGUAAAAAUAAAUGGAAAUUAAAAACAUGAUUGAGAUCUACA